AUGUAUAUUAUUCUAGUGCUGCUUCUGCUGGGAAGCUGCUGGGCACUUAGUCUGACGGAAGUUGAGCAUAGGCGCGAGCCACGCGUGGUGGGCGGGAAACGCAUCGAGGUGAAUGCGCAGCCGCAUAUGGUGAAUAUCAGACGGCGUGGUAACUUUCAGUGUGGUGGAUCUUUGCUGACUCCACGUUGCGUCUUGACCGCCGCCCACUGCCUGCAGACGCUGCACCACAAGCCAACGGACUAUGUGGUGCGCGGUGGUGUGACCUAUUUGAGAGAUAUGCGGAAUGGACGCGUCGUAAACCGCAUACUGCUGCCGAGUGCCUAUAAUGAAACCACUUUUGAUCAGGAUGUGGCACUGCUGCAACUGCAGAAUCCGUUGCAAGGCGAGCACAUUGCGCCCAUCCAGCUGGCCAGGCAGCCGCCACAGCCGAACAGCUACGUCCGCGUCUCUGGCUGGGGACUGACCGAUGAGCGUUCCGUCCAGCUGCCCAACCAGCUGCACAGUGUGCAGGUGAAGGUGCUGCCCCGUCACAAGUGUCAGCAGCUCUAUCAGGGCUACAGGAAUCUAACGGACAGCAUGUAUUGCGCCUCGGGGGCUGGCUAUAAGGAUGCCUGCAAUGCGGACUCCGGUGGACCAGCAGUUGACAUGAAUGGCCAGCUGGCGGGCAUAGUGUCCUGGGGCAAGGCCAAUCACUGUGCUCACGAGGACAGUCCCGGAGUGUACACGAGCGUGGCGCACCUGUACGAUUGGAUAGCGUAUAAUAUGCGCAGAUAUUGCCAUUGA